GGAGAAGGUGGAAAAACAAGCGAGGGAGAGAGAGAGAGAACUGAAGGAGAAGGUGGAAAAACAAGCGAGGGAGAGAGAGAGAGAACUGAAGGAGAAGGUGGAAGAACAAGCGAGGGAGAGAGAGAGGGAACUGAAGGAGAAGGUGGAAGAACAAGCGAGGGAGAGAGAGAGAGAACUGAAGAAGAGGUACAAAGUGAAGGAGGAGAGAGAGACUGUGCUGGAAUUGAGACACGCCACAAACACAGAGACACGCAGAUAUUGUGGAAGCCAGAAAAGAGAGGUUACGCCUAACUCUGCCAUAGAGAGGAGAAGAGAGGAAGAGAGUGAGGAGAAGGAAAACUGGAAGGAAGAGAUGGAGAAGAGAAGGAAAGAGAGGGAUGAGAUAAUGAAGAGCAGAAAAGAGAGGGAAGAGAUGGAGAGAAAAAUAGAGGAAGAGUGGGAGAAGAGAAGAAAAGAUGAGAUGGAGAAGAGAAGGGAGAGAGAGAGGGAACUGAAGGAGAAGGUGGAAGAACAAGCGAGGGGGAGAGAGAGGGAACUGGAAUCUAGACACGUCACAAACACAGAGACACGCAGAUAUUGGGGAAACAGGAAAAGAGAGGUUACGCCUAACUCUGCUAUAGAGAGGAGAAGAGAGGAAGAGAGGGAGGAGAUCAAGAGGAGAAGGGAAGAGAUGGAGAGGAAAAGAGAAGAAGAGAUUGAGAGGAGAAGAAGGGGAGAGGGGGAAGAUAUGGAAGAGAAAGUGACUGUGAAACCCUUGGUUAACUGUCUUCAAUCAACACCACAGCAGCAGCCAACAGAGCCCCAAAAUGGUGGUCCAGCACUGUUCACGAGGAUCCCUAGUUUCCAUCUGACUGAAGAGGACGCUAUACUCUCACAGCUGUCCGAACUCGAAGCAAAACCAACCCAGAAAGUUGUUAAUACCUUCUGCCACAGAAUCAACAGCUUUGGAGAGAAGACAACCUCCUACUCUUUACCCUCCUCCUCCUCCUCCUCCCAGUCAGAGUUGCGUGUGGUUCUGCUGGGUAGGUCAGGGUCGGGGAAGAGUGCAGCAGGUAAUAUCAUACUGGGACGGGAGGAGUUUGUGUCUCGACCAGACAUGACCACAGCCGUCACUCAGGACUGUCAGAAGAGCAGGGCCCUCGUCGCCGGGAGACGGGUGGCAGUGGUGGACACUCCAGACUGGUUCCGCUCUGAGCACCCUCCAGACGUGGUCCGUUCCCAGCUGUCGUCCUGUGUGGCCCUCUCGGCCCCUGGCCCCCACGCCUUCAUCCUCUGUGUCCCCGUGGACCAACCAGCCCGGGCAGAGCUACAGGCUCUAGGGGCCCUGGAGAAAGUCUUUGGUCCCGGGGCGGUCCGGACCCACACCCUGGUCCUCUUCACUCACGCCGAUCGGCUGAAGGAGAGCGGGAAAGUGGGAGUGGAAGGAGUGGAGAAGUAUAUUUCGAGCCAGAGGAGAGAUUUGUUGGAGUUGGUUAAGCGAUGUGGGGAUCGGUAUCAUGUGAUAGAGAGAGGGAGCGGAGGAGAAGAGGAGAGGAAGAGGAGUGUGGGGGAGUUAUUGGAGAAGGUGGAGCAGACGGUGAGAGAGGGAGGAGGAGAGUGUUUCUCCUGUCCUCUCUUCCAGGAGGCGGAGGAUAGGGUGAGACAGAGACAGAAGGAGAUAGUGAGGGAGAGGAGAGGAAGAGGAGAGGAGGUGAAGAGACAAGCACUUCAUUCCUACUCCAUGCAGCCCUUGAGAGAGAGAGAGGAAGAGGUGGAUGAGGAGGAGAUGGAGAGAACGAGAGAUGAGGCGGAGAAGAGCGUAAGCGCCCUGGAAUUGGGAAAUCUUCCCUCUCUCUCGUCCUCCUCUGCAUGGUCUUCGUCGCUCCUUCGCUCGGUGUGGGAGAAGGUGGGGGCGGGAGCGAGUCAGGUCCCCAAGCUGACGGCUGGAGGUGCACUGCUGGGUGGGGUGGUGGGCGUGUUCUUUGGAGGGCCCAUAGGGGGAGCUAUAGGGGCCACUGCUGGAUCUGUGGUCACUGAGGUGGGGAGAAGGAGGUUUAGCAAGACAAAGAACUCAGCAGAAGAUACAGUUGCCACAGGGAGAAUAGAGGGAGAAAUCUUGGACAAAGUGUUGAAAACCGAGUGAGAGAGUCAGAUCCACACAAGUCGAUAUGGAUGUACAGUACAGCAUUUUAUGAGAGGUUAUUUGAUAGGUUUCUACUUAUGAUAUAUAUCCACAGGUGGUUGCCUGUGACCGCGCAGACGUUGUAUAUAUCUGUGAUUUAUAAACUGGGUUGGUCGAGUCCUGAAUGCUGAUUGGCGGACAGCCGUGGUAUAUCAGACAGUAUACCACGGGUAUGACAAACAUUUAUUUUUACUGUACUAAUUACGUUGGUAACUAGUUUAUAAUAGCAAUAAGGCACCUCGGGGGUUUGUGGUAUAUGGCCAAUAUACCACGGCUAAGGACUGUGUCCAGGCACUCUGCGUUGCAUCGUGGAUAAGAACAGCCCUUAGCCGUGGUAUAUUGGCCAUAUACCACACCACCUCGGGCCUUAUUGCUUAAACAUAAUGUUGGUAACGUACAACAUAUACUGAUGUGUAAGUUGUUUUGCGGCAAAUAACGGUUGUCAUUGACUUCUUUAUUGUUUUGCUGUAUUUCUUUUCCAGCUGUUACAAUUAUGACUUGUUAAAUAACUCUUCAUUAUUAUACAAAUUACAUUCAACAUGGGUUCUUUAAAUGUUAAACUACUAUUGUGCAUAUAGUUAAUGCUUUUGUUAAUGCUAAUAAAACACAUUGCAUGAUAAUAUCA